AUAGUGGACGAGCGAGACUUUUUUGAGAUCAUGCCCAGCUUUGCAAAGAACAUUGUCGUGGGUUUCGGGAGGAUGAACGGACGUACCGUGGGUAUCGUCGGAAACAACCCCAAGUACUCUGCGGGUUGCCUGGACAUCAAUGCUUCCGUGAAGGGAGCUCGAUUUGUCCGCUUCUGUGAUGCCUUCAACAUUCCUAUCAUCACUUUUGUGGAUGUACCUGGAUUCUUGCCUGGAACUGCUCAAGAAUACGGAGGCAUUAUUAGGCACGGUGCCAAACUGUUGUAUGCUUUUGCCGAAGCCACGGUUCCCAAAAUCACCGUAAUUACUAGAAAAGCUUAUGGUGGUGCCUAUGACGUGAUGAGCUCGAAGCAUCUGCGUGGAGACAUCAACUAUGCUUGGCCCACUGCUGAAAUUGCAGUGAUGGGAGCCAAAGGGGCAGUGUCCAUCCUCUUCCGUGGCAAGCCAGACCAGGCCCAGAUGGAACAGGAAUACACUGAGAAGUUCACCAAUCCCUUCUCUGCUGCAAUCAGAGGUUUCGUGGAUGACAUCAUCGACCCCAGCACCACUCGUAUGCGCCUCUGCCGAGAUCUGGACCUCCUUCAGCGCAAGAAGAUGGAUUUGCCCUGGAAGAAACACGCCAACAUGCCCCUGUGAGCAUCUACCAAAGGACGGAUGAUCAAGUGCCUCUACGAUGAAAAAACAAGCUGCCCGAAACUGACGUUAAAUCCAGUCUUCAGAUGGAUCCAGUGAGGUAUUCAGUGUGAACUUUUGAACAGUGACAUUCCACAUAGUGUCUCAAGGUGGAUGGACUUGCAGAGAUUUAGUCUUCCUGUCUCUUUUUGGAGAUUCAGUCUUUUGUUAAAAGUUAGAACAGAUUUAAUCGCUUUGAGUGGAAUCUCCCUUGAGGAAACUUCACUGAAAGAAGAGAAAACAGAUGUAAUGAAAUAUGUUACAUGAUAUCUGUAUUUUUUAUUUCUAUAUUUAAAGUUAUUGUAAUGUUUUUUGAGAAAUGUUUUGGAUACAGUGUCAUUUUUUUAAUGCAGAAAGGGGGAGUAAUUAUCAUAACAUAGAACACUUUCUACUUUUUCAAUGUUUUUUGCCAAACUAUAGUUGGGGCAAACCUAACCUGGCACCAUCUUGAUGCUGUAUUUAGGAUCAAUGGAGCCUUCACAAUACUGCCAGUUUAGGUUUGCCCCAACUAUAGUUAACACAAAGCUCUCAUCUGCUUAUCAACUGAAGCCAUAAACAAGGUUGCUAGCAUUUCGAUUCAAAUGUCUAAUUUUUACAUGUUGCUAUUGUCGUGUCUGAUGACGUGCAGAGCGCGAAAGGUUUAGAUGUCUCCAAAAGUCUUGAUAACAAGAUCAGCCAAUUCUAUCGUAUAUAUCGUGAUAUAUCUCGUGGUCAUUAAUGCUAUUUUAAUAAUAUGAAUAUUUUCAAUGCAUCAUUGAAGCAGUAAUCUAAUGUGUAGUAGUAGUAAAUUGUUUUAUUUUUAAAAAUAUUCUAUACUAAAAUUGCAAAACAAGAGAAAAUGAAGAGUAAAUAACAGUAUGAUUCAUUGGAUUUGGUUUAAAGGUCUCAACUGUUAAACAAGGGUCGUAAUUUCUAGGGAACCAUUUCUCAUAUCCUUCAGUUUAUUCUCAACAAGGAAGUAAUGCUGAUUUUGCCAAGCUGUCAGAAAAAUAAAAUAAUAAUUUAAUUUAAAAUAAAACAAUCUAUAACUGGUGUAUUAUACAAAUAUGAAACAAAAUGUCUCAACUCAUAUUAAAACUUAAUAAUGAUUUUUAAAAAAUCUACUUAAAAAUUGUUAAGUGUUAUCAAAUUCAGUUGAGUCAGUUAAUCAUAUUCUGUUUCUCCAACAUCGUAACAUAACAAAAUUGGAAGCAAUUUCUAUUCCCAACCAAAUUUGAGUUUUUGCCCAAGAACUCUGUGAAAUUGUUUCAAUUAUCAAAUUAAUAUUGAUGGAAACCCUAACUAAUGUAAUUAUCUAUGACUCAAUUGGUGUUAUGGAUAAAAUUAUGUCUUGUUUUUGUAUUUUUUUAAAAAUUUUUUCAUGCAAGAAAUUUUCUUUCUUCAAGCAACACUUUCAACACAUUCCUCUUUUCUGCAUUUGUUGUUCUCAGUAAAAAGAAAAAUCAAAAUGUUUUGCGAUGUUUAAUUUCAAUAAUCAAAAUGGAAGGUUCUUGGGUGUAAGGGAAGAAAAUUGUGACCAGUACACAGACAGACUUUUGAAAAGCUUUAUUUUUUUAGGUAAAAAGGUUAAGAAUUUUAAAUUAAAAUUUUCAGUAAAAAUUAAUAUUACUGUUUGAGUCAAAGCUCUAAAACGAAAACUAAAUAAUAUUUUCAAACAGUCGAGUCACUUGAAAAUGUCAUGUUUUGUUCCAAUUUUAUGUAUGUGAAUGUUCAAACUAGCAAACGUUAAAUUAUAACUGUAUUUUGAAUAAUAGUAAUGAAAUUACUUGAGUGAAUUUAUUCAAGUGCAGAUAAAAUGAUCUACAUUUUAUGUCCAAAAACUUUUUGUCAACAAAAGUGAAACAUUCAUUUACUUCAGAAAACAUUUACGAGUCUUAAAAAGUUGCUGAAAUUUAUGAUGUGAUUAUAUGUAAAUUAUAUCAAAAAUGAGUGAUUGAUUCUCCAAUUCCGUUUUCUGUGUCAUAUAAUUUUCUAUGCAGUGUAUGUGAAGUUCAUUCAUAUCAUAAAAGGGAGGCUCCACUAAUACAGUAUAUUCCCGAUAACUCAAAGUCGGAUAACUCGAAUAUUACUGUAACUCAAAAGUUUUUAUCAAGUCCAACCCCUUUGUCUUCGAUUCCAUUCUAAUUAUUCUCAAUAUCUCCAAGUUAACUUCUUUUAACUCGAAGUUUUUUCCAAGAGGACUCGAAAUUUGUUUUGAAAGGACAAGAAAAAGGGGAAGAAACAAGUGACUAUGAGUGAAAAAUUAAUUCACCUUCACUUGCAAUUCCUGCACAAUACACCACUAAAGCAAGAAGAACACCUGUCCUGACCUGUUGAGCCAAUGUGCGAUAAAAGAGUUACUCGUGCGGAAAUGAGUUCGCUUGUUUUCUUUUGUUGUACUGCACUGUCUACACUUUGACAUGUUGCUGAACUACGCAUUUGCUUUUAAGGGGUUACAGUAUCUCAAAAAUGAUGAAACAAUAAAAAAAAAAAAUCGUUUAUUUCAAAACUAAAAACUAUUCCGAACACAGGGGAAAAGUUUCAUUGCUUUAGUUCAAAUAUUUAAAAAGUUAUGUGUGGUUUUAGGCCAUGCUCGCUAUGUGUUCUUAUACAAAAGAAAAACUUAAAACUGCUUUUUCUCGAUGAUGGUUUUUUUUUUUUUUUUUUUUUUUUUGUGUGUUUUCAUGUCAUUAGAAUCCCUAAGGAUUUUUUUCUAUUAAAGAUACAGCUUUAAAGUAAUACUUUUUGCAAUUGGGAUUACAUAUUUUACAAAACUGUGCAUGGGAUAAGCAUUUUAUAAAUUACUCAUAUGUUUAGAGCAUGUUAAACCUUUAAAAACGAAAUUUAAAAAAAAAAAACUUUGAUUUUUUACAUAUUUUAUCACAGAAAAUUUUCUAAUAAACUCAUAAUCAAAUGAAUGCACAGAUUUUUAGAGAUGAUUAUAGUGAUCAUUUAGCAAAAAGCUUUUUUUUAAAUUAGUGCAAAAAUAAAAAAACUUUAAGAAUUUUAAAAAAUUGAAAUUUUCCUCAUUUUUUUGAAUUUUUAAAAAAGUAGGCAAUAUUUUUAAAUUUUGAAAAUAAAUUAUUGAUUAAGAAAUAAGUAUGCAUGUUAUGGUUUCAAAAAUAUAAAAUUUACUUAAAUUUUAAAAAAAUGUUUGAAAGGUACUGUGACUCCUUAAGCUGUCAAGUUGUCAGGUCAACUGAUUGUACCUUUAUUCAAAGCCUGACCUAAGUUAAGAUGCGUUCCCCUUCAUUCUUGAGUUUGAUUAUUUGCUGAUAAGUUCCUGAGAGACGGAGUGAGUUUUCUUUACGCUUAAAGAUGUCUAAGCAAGUACUCUGUCAAUGAUAUUAAAAGAAAAAUAGAAACUUCUAAAGCGGUGGAAUCCAUGAAUCCGAAUUUGAAACAAAUGAAGAUGUACACCUUUCCUGAAAUAGAAUCAGCUCUAUUCAAGUGGUACCAACAGUAUACUCUAAAAACAACAAUUUCAAAAAUGACGAAAAAGUACUCAAAUUUGAACAUACCACGAGUCAAAAUGGCUCCGACUAAGUGGUAUUCAAAGUUGAAGCGUUCAAAUACUCAAAUCAACAUGUGUGCUCAUUUUUGAAUAUGUAAUAAUUUCAAAACUGAGUAUUAUGUACUCAUUUUUGAGUAUGAAAUAAUUCAGCUCUUUAUUUGAAAACAUGGGUACUCAUAUUUAAAACAAAAGGUUUCAAGAAAAUUUGAAAGCAUGAAUAUACUCAUUUUUGAAAAAUUAAAUUUUCUCAGUGUAUCAAAAUCAAAACUAUGCUUUUGGUUUUUUCUCUCUCAAUAUUUUUGAUUAAACUGCAUAUUGUGCUUAAAAACUUUUAAGUGCUGUAAUUUUGUCUGUUAUAUGUAUAUAUUAAUUAAAAUAUUUGUUGGUUUUUAAUAUUAAAAUGUAAACUAGCGGUAAGUCGAACUUCCGAUAAGUCGAAUUUUUUCGUCGGUUUCUUCAGAUUCGAGUUAUCCCGAAUUGACUGUAUAUGGAGAUUAGUGCCAUAAAACAAUUUUCAAAAAUUGUUUCCUUUAGUUUUCGUUCUCAAAAAUGCAUUUUUGAUCAGCUGAGACAAGUCAAAAGAUUUUGAAUGUUGACUCUGUUCUAAAGGCAAGUUUAAGGGGAGUCAGUACCCUGUAGAAACCUAAUGUUAAAUUAUUAAAUUUUGUGUACCUUUUCCUCAAAAAGUUUAAAUAAUAGAAACUUGCAACUUGCAAAGGUUUUAAAAGAUGCCUAAGAGUUUACUGAAGUGAAAUUUUACGAAAAUCUAAGCAAUAGGUGGUGAAAUUUUUGAAAUUAUAUAUAAAGUAGUUUUUUAAGAAAAGGAAGAUGAGUUUUUAAAACUGACGUUUUGACUAAAUCGAGUUUGAAGAUACAAUUGGACGCACAGUUUAAUAUAUUCCUGCCCCAAUGCUACUUGAAUUGAUUUACUUUUAUUCAAAAUAGACACAUGAAUUUGUUGUCGCUUGAAAGUUCUUGAUUUGAACAUUUUGAAUGUAUAGAAACUGAAAAAUUAUUUUCUCAGAGUUUUUAGUGUAUCAACUCCCCUUAAAAAAACCUUUUUAGGAAUCUCUCAAGAAUCUCUGUUUAUUUUUCUUGGAAAAGAAUCUUUACCUAUGGAAUCUCAGUGUCAGAUCUGUGUUCAAGUUUUCUAGUGGCAUUUUAUCAUUUUAUCCUUUUUUGUUGAUAUUAUGUUAGGCAUUUUUUUGUGAAUUGAAUAUUUACUAUAUAUCUUUUAUGUGUUUUGAAUCUUAAGAUGAAUCAUUAAAAUGUUAUUUUG